AUGUGCGAGGUAACGUGUGAAGAGGUCAGCUUUGGCACAAGCAACUCCUCAAUGCUGCUGAUGGAUGAGGACAGUCAGUGGGUCGCGUGUGGGCAAAAGUUCAGUGAAAUUAAUCACUCCUCUCACUCCAAGGGUGAAAAUGAGCAUAUGAGAAAGAAUGACAUUGAGUCUUUUAGCAAUUUGCCGCUGGAAUUAUGUGAUCCCAUGAGGCGCAAAAUUACAUCUUUAAAACCCUCAUUAACACCCGGAGCAGGAACACGGAUUAUGCGACGAAGGAAGAUGAGACAAGACUUCAUGGAGGAGUCGAUCUCGGAGACGGAGGAGGCGUUUCGCCAGUGGCGGGAGGCAAUGCGAGCGAUGGCGCGACUACCGGAGGGCAUCCCCCAACAGUUUCGCCGGCGCAUCUGGCUCCUCCUCGCUACCCACCAGCUCAAUUCGCAGCAUAUCAACUGGCCUCGCCUUGCGCAGACCCUUUUCGCGCCUUGCAGCACCCACACCUCUGAGGUCGAGGAGCGCCUGGGACGACAAAUUGAGAAGGACCUCCACCGUACCGGUUCUGGCGCUAUCGUCACCACUGAGGCUAACCGUACCGCACUCAAACGCGUCCUUACCGCCUACACGCGCUGGAACCGGCGCGUCGGUUACUGCCAGGGCUUUAAUAUCCUCGCCUCUGUCAUCCUCAACGUCAUGGAACUUGACGAGGAGGCAGCUCUCAAGGUCAUGAUAUUCCUCAUCGACUACGUUCUCCCUGAGUCCUACUUCGCGAGAAAUCUCCAGGCCCUUUCCGUGGAUGUUGCGGUUUUUGGGGACCUACUGGCACUUCGUCAGCCCAUGUUGGCAUCGCAUCUGCAGAAAUUGCAACGAGAUGCUGCGUUUGAAGCCCUUAAUUUCACCUCCUCCGCCGCCACUCGACCGUCAUUUGAACCGCCGUUGACGGACCUCUUCGCAAUUCAAUGGUUCGUAACCCUCUUCUCCACGUGCCUUCCGAUGAACACAGUCCUGCGAAUUUGGGACGCCAUCCUGCUGGAGGGCUCCGAAGUAGGACUCAGAGCAGGACUUGUUGUCAUGGAGAUUCUCUCACAAGACUUGAUGAAGUUGCCGUCGGCUGACAAGUUCUACUCUAGCAUGGCCCAGUGGAUGGAGGAGAUCACUGAGGGUGCUGACCGGCCGGGCCUGAAGACGGUGGAGUUUAUCUCUCUUAUGUACAACAUUGCACCAUUGCCAUGGCCUCGCCUUGGUGACUUGCGAAAGCGCUACGCCGCAGCUGCAGACGGUCGGAGAGAGGAGGUGCCGACCGUGCUCUAUGGCGAUGGCUAUGACGAAGAGGCGAAGAAGACCAAGUCCAAGUGGUGGAACAUCAAUGUCAAGCAGGUCGUUGAAGAGUCUGCAAAGUCACCACCAAGAGCGAGUAUCCAGCCCGCAGUAAUACAUCAAGGCGAUGAGGGAAUGGGUACCAAGCCAGGUACGGACUCCGCACUCCCACGCCAGCUACAAACAUCGCCUUCAGCGUCGGAGCAGAACUUCAGCCCACUUCUAAGCGCAGAUGAGUCCUUCACAUUGGAAAUGAGUGAUGCAAACAGUGUUGACGAAAUAUUAAUGGGUUCCGGGUCUAUGAGGCACUUUCCUUUUUUCCUCUUUGACAAAUUCCGACCGCAACGUCGCAAUGAAACUAGAAAACUUCUCGUCAUGUACGAAGACCAAAAAAGGCGAAGAGUGGAAGUGAACUAUGACGCAUACUUGCUUGGGGACGAAGCAUUAAUUACACAAAUUAUUGGCGAUCCCACUCAGGUCGAGAAUCAAAGUUAUGCAGAUUCGCUGCAAGUCACCCACCUUCAGCUUCAACAGCAGCGGUUCGCAUCCCCCCUGGCCAUAAACAACCGACACUACACCCCUCAUGAUCCCAUAGAGAGGACAGACUUGCUACAACGCACCUCCUUCCAAUUUGAUGACAGCUUCCUUCAGACCAUCAACGAGUGGCAGCGGCGCAACGCAGCCGCUCUUGCUAGCGCGGGCUCUGAAGACAGUGACUCAGAUAUAUCCGACACUCCCGAUCUCCUCUCCCAUUCGGUCUUCCCUUUCGAGGCCUCUCUGAUUCCCAGACCGCAACGAACCCUCCUCUCCAUCGUUGCACAAAGGAGGAUAGCUGAGCUCGCCUCUCCCAACACCAAUGAAAUGAAAUCCUCCACCCAUUCACCUCCAUUGUCGCUGAGUAGAUCCUCGGUUUUGGCCAAAACCAUAAUACGUGAUCGUACCAGACCGAAGGAGAGUUUCGCUGUGAGUCGUGGAGCCGUAAAGCCUGUGCAACAGAGCGGUGUCUUGCCAGCCUCGCGAUCGCCCUCGUCGGUAUCGAUGCCGUCACACGAGGCGCGAGCAUCGGCGCCGACGCAGACGGGAGAGUCACCCGCCCCACCGUGGGCCGCCGCGAUGGCUGCCAUCGCCGUCGUCCCACGCCCAUUCGACAAACGCGACGCCAUCUAA